AAACCCUAAACCCCCUUAAACCCUAAUUCUCAAAAUGGCUCGUACAAAGCAAACAGCCCGUAAAUCCACUGGAGGAAAAGCACCACGUAAGCAAUUGGCCACAAAAGCAGCAAGAAAAUCAGCUCCGGCAACCGGAGGAGUGAAGAAGCCACAUAGAUUCAGGCCAGGGACAGUGGCGCUUCGAGAGAUCCGUAAAUACCAAAAAUCAACUGAGCUUUUAAUCCGUAAACUCCCAUUUCAGCGUUUGGUUCGGGAGAUUGCUCAGGAUUUCAAGACUGAUUUACGUUUCCAGAGUUCAGCUGUAGCUGCGUUACAAGAAGCUGCUGAAGCGUAUCUUGUUGGGUUGUUUGAGGAUACGAAUUUGUGCGCGAUACAUGCUAAGAGAGUUACUAUUAUGCCUAAGGAUAUUCAACUUGCUAGGAGAAUUAGGGGUGAGAGGGCAUAAAUGUAAAUCUAUUAAUGGUGACCAUUUGUAGUUGGGUGUAUGGUACAUGCUUUUUAAGAGUUUUCAGUGUAUUUUCAUUCAGAAUUUUCUCGAUUCUGGAUAUCUAUGUUGAAUUCCAAGUAUUCUAAUGAAUUAUCAGCAUUUUCCUAAA